AUGCUAGGUCAGGGUAAGAAUGCAUACCAGGCUGAUAUUGAUUGCAUCGCCGAGUCUAUCGACUUCCUCAAGAUGUUUCCAUCUCUAGCGGAAGGUCUUUACAAAGCACAGCCACCAAUUAACACGGCAAAUGUGUGGAAUCGGACCGAGGUGCGGCCCCUCGAUGGCUUCGUGUACGCUAUUUCCCCAUUCAACUUCACCGCACUGGCCGUGAACCUUGUUCUUGCUCCUUUGAUUGUUGGCAAUGUUGUAAUCUGGAAGCCAAGCCCAGGUGCAAUUUACUCUAGCUGGCUUUUCAACCAAAUCAUGAUUGAGGCAGGUUUGCCUGCUGGAGUCCUACAGUUUCUCCCUGGCAAUGCAGAACUGGUCACAGACGAGGUCUACAAAAGCCGUGAAGUUGGAGGGCUUCAUUUCACAGGUAGCACUGCGGUGUUUCGCAGCUUGGCCGCCAAAAUUGGUGCCAAAAUGGAUUUCUGGCGAUCCUACCCUCGUAUGGUUGGUGAGACAGGCGGAAAGAACUAUCACCUCAUUCAUCCCUCAGCAGACGUGAAGAAUGCCGCCCUAAAAACUCUCCGGGCAUCUUUUGAGUACCAAGGUCAAAAAUGCAGCGCAUGCUCUCGUGUCUAUGUGCCAUCUUCUCUGGCCAAAGAAUUCAAAACCAUACUAGUGAAAGAGACAGAGGCGCUGUCCAUAGGGUCUGCUUUCACUGACUUCAUGGGACCCGUUAUCAGCAGGUCGGCGUUUGAUCGCGUCGCUAAAUAUGUGACAGAUGCCAAGACAGCCCCUGAGAUUUCUGUCUUGGCUGGUGGCAUCUGUGACGACUCUGUGGGAUACUUUAUCCGUCCAACAGUGAUUGAGUCAUCCGACCCAAAGAGUCGAUUCAUGAGCGAGGAAGUCUUUGGGCCAUUUGUCUGUCUAUAUGUCUAUGACGAUGCCGAGUUCGGUCCCAAGCUCUUCCAACUCAUUGAUGAGACAACGGAAUAUGCCCUCACUGGAGCGAUAUUCUCAAAGAGCCGUGCAGCUAUCAUUCAAGCGACAGACGAGCUGAGAUUUUCUGCAGGCAACUUCUAUAUCAAGUAA